AUGGCAGCUGGCCUAUUGAAUGAAAGAACGAAGAAGCGUACGAAGGGAGAGAACACUGCCACCAUUUCGAAAGAAAAUGGCUCUUCAUGUGAUAAGCCUAAGCCAAAGAAGGUUCCUCUGCAAUCGUUUUUGAUUCAUUUUUCAAUGGACAUAUUUAAAAAUAAACCAGAUCGUUGUAGGAAGCGAAUUUAUGACGCCGUUAAUGAGCAGCUUCGCCGUGCUGAAGCCACUAUCGGAUUACUACGUUAUAUUGAUCCUCAGCUACAUCAACUGAAUCGUCAGCUUGGAUUUCUAAACAUGAAGUGUCGCACCUAUUAUAAUCGUUUUGCUUUCAAUAAGGAACUGCGUAAACAGCAACAAGACAUCGACAAGGCUAGGGAAACUAUGACAAGCACUCUUGAACGUUACAAAAAAUGUGAGCUCGAGCUGGAAGCGAAAAGAGUUCAGUUGGAGAUGUACGAAAAAAUUCGUGAUAUCAAGGAAGAUUUAGAUGGUAUGAGCGACAUGGAAAAGCUGCAGAAAAUGAAGAGAGCAAUUGGAGAGGUCCUUUCCCUUUCGCCGAUUGAAUACGAAUCUGAUGCUAAUAAUGGUGAGUUCGACGUGUACAUUAUGAACGCAAAUUACCCUCCAUAUAUAUGUCUAGUGCGUUCUGCUUUCCUUCAGAAAGUCCAUUUUCGGACGAUUCCUCUGAGUCUACCAAUAGUUCGGCCUGGGACGAUAUUUCACCGCUUAACCACUGGUUAUGAUUUAAAAGAGCAGUUCAAGUUAAAACCGUCUGGAAAAGUGAGUAGACGAGUCAAGUAUCGGCGAAAGGAAUGGCCACUUAUUGUAGCUAUUCGUGACCAUCUAGUCAACACUAAAGCACGUAGUAGUCCAUGCAGUGCCGUAACGUUGUUUUGA